UCUACCCUUCGGUUCCCUUCAGCUCCGCCAUCUCUCUCAUCUUCCCAACACUCACAAAAUAUAUAUAAAAAAAAAAAAAGGAAAAAUGAAUUCUCCGGCGGCAAUCAUACCCACCGAUUCCGGCGACGUCCAUAACGGCUCCGCCAGCACCCACCCGCCGCCGCCGCAGCUGAGCCGAUACGAGUCGCAGAAGAGGCGCGACUGGAACACCUUCGGACAAUACCUCAAAAACCAGCGGCCGCCGGUGGCGCUGUCGCAGUGCAAUUGCAACCACGUGCUGGAGUUCCUCCGGUACCUCGACCAGUUCGGCAAGACUAAGGUUCACCUGCAUGGUUGCGCCUUCUUCGGGCAGCCGGAUCCUCCGGCGCCGUGCACCUGCCCGCUCCGGCAAGCCUGGGGCAGCCUCGACGCCUUGAUCGGACGCCUCAGAGCCGCCUACGAAGAGCACGGCGGCUCGCCGGAGACGAACCCCUUCGGCAACGGCGCGAUUCGCGUGUUUCUCCGGGAAGUGAAGGACUGUCAGGCAAAGGCCAGAGGGAUUCCUUAUAAGAAGAAGAAGAAGAGGAAGAUCAAUCAUCCAAUCAACGGUCACGAUCAUCUCAUCAAAUCUUCCAAGCACUUGAAUUGAAAAAACUACAGGAGUAUAAUAUACUAAACAAGAUGCAUGUAAUGCAUGGAUGGAACAAGAAGCUAGGGUUGCCAUGUUAUUCAUUCAAGAAUAUUCCGGGGCAAGCCAAGGGUUAGAUACCUCCACCAUUUCCUUUGCUGCAGCCAUAUAUAUAGAUAUAUAUAUAUAUAUAUAGAGAGAGAGAGAGAGAGAGAGAUACAAUGUCCUAUAUAUGUUAGAAUUUUAGGUCUGUUGUAAGUGCCGCUGUAAUAGACAUGCAUGAAACUUGUAUAAUUCGAGUCGAUGAGGUUUAUAACACUCUUUUCACAAUUGAAAUACUUUGUUAUAUUAU